CCGGCGCAACUCUGAGGAGCUACGCGGUAGAAGGAAAGGGGGAGGAACACGGGGACAGGUGGAGGAAGGAGCGUGGGCGAGCCCGAGACGAGAAAGAUUCGGGAAGACGACGACGAAGAAGAAGAAAGAAGAGGAGAGAAGAAGAGAUAAACCUGGGAAGUAUUGACCGAAGACGCUCCCAGUAUGGUAGCGGGACGGACACUGUGAGCGGGAGCGGAAAUCGCAAUCCCUCCCUCUGUCGCACUCCGCCUCGCCGUCCUGUCCUUUCUCUGCCAUCCAUCACAAGUCCACGGACGCCCGACGGGGCUACCGUAAUAGAUUCAUCUCCUUUCCUUCAUCUUUGUCCUUGAAUAGUGGCUGACAGGUGGCCGACAGGUGGCGGACAGGUGGCGGACAGGUGGCGGACUGGUGGCGGACAGGUGGCGGCGGGUUGCGGGUAAUUCGUCGGCGCAACAUUAUCGGCCGACAGAGGCUUCGGGAUCCGCUAGUGCGCGGAGAAGCAGCGAAGCAGGGAGGAGGGAGGAUACAGUUGCUGGGUGGCGUUUGGCGGGGGGACAGCGGCGGCGGCGGGGCUGGAUGUGCGUGCGGAAGCAGCUGGAGGGGGGGAAGGCGUGAGUUGUAGUGAGAGCGUGCGCGACGAUCGCGUGUGUCGUGGCAUUCAUCUGUGGCUGAAAGAAGGGAGAGAAGCGGGGAGGGAAGGGAGGGAAGGGGGGAGGAAGGGAGGCAGGGAGGGGGAACGGUGAACGGCGAAGGUAGAGGCAUGGUGGGCUCCGAGGACGUCAAUGGAUAUUGGGGGCCGAUCACAGCGAGUACCGAGUGGUGUGAGACUAAUUACGCGGUGACGGAGUAUGUGGCGGAGUUUUACAACACCAUCUCGAAUCUGGUGUCGGUGUUGCUGGGUUUACUGGGUCUCGUCUCGUGUAUCAGGCAAGGAUUUGAGAGAAGAUUCAUCUGCCUCUACCUGUCGGUGAUUGCCGGGGGCAUCGGGAGCGCGCUUUUCCAUUCAACGCUGCGCAAUGUGCAGCAACAGAGUGAUGAGACGCCCAUGGUGUGGAACGCGCUAAUCUACUUGUACGUUCUCUACUCCCCCGACUGGCAUUACAGGAAGGCCAUGCCCACGUUCCUGUUCUUUUAUGCGACCAUCUUCGCGGUGAUUCACAACUCGGCCAGAUUUGUUCUUGGCUUCCAGCUCCACUACAUAUUCUUGGUGAUGCUGUGCAUGCCUCGGAUGUACAAGUACUAUCUCUCAUGCUCGAAUCCUGAGGCGCGCAAAGUUGCGCACAUCUACCUCCACACUCUGAUCCUUGGUAGCAUAUGCUGGCUGAUUGAUCGAACCUUCUGCACCUGGAUCGAGAGGGUGAUGCCCUUCAACUUCCAGGGCCAUGCAUGGUGGCAUGUGUUGAUGGGUGUCAACUCCUACUAUGGCUGUACGUUUCUGCAGUAUUGCCGAGGGGGGCAGCUUGACCGGGACCCGAAGAUCACCUUCUUCUUGGGCCUUCCCUUGGUGAAGCUCACCAAACCAGUUCGGUUAAAGGAGCCUGAGAAGGAGAGCUGACCGAGCGGGACUGCCCUGACCGAACUUUUUGCUAUGCUAUGCCUGCUGGCCACUUGGCGGAGUAUGGGUCCUGAUCUCUCCGUCUGUGGCGAGGUGGCGUUCGUGGUACUCUUCUCAGUGUGCACGGGCCCCCGUGCAGAGUAGUGAAGGGAGGAGUAGGAGAGGGUAGGGUGUCUCUCGGGKGGGCUACAAGAGAAGGGGAUGCCUGGUUGCGAUUUGGUUGGGCCGCUAAGGGGGGGGGGGGGAUUGCGGUCGUGGUUCUUCUCUUCCUCCAGGGCAAGGUGGAAGUGGAGGGAGCAGAAGGUAUGGAUGCGUGCCGGGGUGUGUGUGUGUAAGGAGAGGAGAGACGGGUUGGUUGUCUGCCAAACGUGCCGGGGGGGGGAGGUGUACGCUUCAUCAGCCCUUGGCAUUCAUGUGUGGUAAUCGAUAUAAACGAGGUUCGUGCUUGCUCUGCGCUCAAGAAACGGUGAGGUUCGUGCUUGCUCUGCGCUCAAGAAACGGUGAGGUUCGUGCUUGCUCUGUGCUCAAGAAACGGUGAGGUUCGUGCUUGCUCUGCGUUCAAGAAAUGGUGAGGUUCGUGCUUGCUCUGCGCCCAAGAAACGGUGAGUGUGACAAAUGGACAGGCAUGUAAGCUGUAAAGAGGCUGCGGACAGCUUGCUGCAGCGGCGGGCGGCAUCUUCAUUUACGUGCUGGUUGUUGGGAGUGGGCUGCGCAAGACAGUGAAUGAUGCGCACAGUUGCGGAAGGGGAACAAGGAACUGCAGAAAGGUAGGCAGGGAAGGGGCAGGUGAGUGAAACACGUUGAUUCUGGGACGGCAGGUGGGGGAUGUGCCCCAACAAUAUAUGGAGUGUAGUUUUUAAAGCAAUGCCACUGAUGGUUGGAGGUGUGGAGGGCUUGUGCGUUUUGUCUUUGAAGUUUGGAGCGGCGGCGCAUGAAAUAUCAAAAGAUUUUCCAAGGGGUGAGUUCUCCCUGUGGGAGGAGGAUGCAUAACCGUGUGAGUCCGUUUGUCUGUGUGACCCUUUCAUUCCGUGGUGCUUGCCUUGUUUAUGGUACAUCUUUGUGAGUGGGCGUGAGUGAGUGGCUUUUAUAGUCUGCCUUUUUGGUUGGUAUAUACAUAAGCGUGACAUAUUAUUUGUUUUCCAUUACUAGCUUCGUGCUUUGCAUGCCGGCUUGCAGCUUGAAUAAAAUGGUCGGUCCCCUGUCGUUUUUGCCAGCUUCCGAUUAUACCCCCAUUCUCCCCUUCCCCUCCCCUUCUUCCCCAUCAUCACCACCAAAAGGAGAAAAGGAUAGGUGCUCUCUCCCACCCUUUCUCGCUUCCAUCUCUAUCGUUGCAUGCACGAGACACAGCCGUCAAAGUUGCAUUUUUUUUCUUUUCUUUUUUGGCAAGUUCCCCCCUCGCUUCUUCUUUAUUUCGUCUUUCGAACGAGAAGUGGUUUUCUUAGUAAAUAAGUAAAUGGGACAUUCCGUCGGCUCGCCUAACCUCAACCCAUAAUGGUGAAAGAGGAGAGGAGAUCUGUAGUUCAGUUCUUGUGCUCUUGGAGCCAUGCAUGCACCGUACCUGGCUCCUUUCUGUGUACGUGGAGGAAAACUGUCCGAGGUAGGCGAAAAGGUAGAGGCAAGUUUUUGAUAAAAGGGAUGUGUCGACCUGGCAUUUCUUAGGGACAUGACGGUAGAGAUUUUUCUUUUCCGAAGUCUCGAGGCACAAUUGCUGUCAUUGUGUGCGAGUUUAAACAAGUGCUUUUUUCGUCAGAUGCUGAAAGGUGGAUCUGCAUGUUGAAACUUCUGAGACGGGGAGACAGUGACGUCGGGGCCCGUGUCCCGCGGAGGAUGCUUGACAGGCCUCCAUGAGUGUUGUUGAGGGUCGGUCCCGAUCACGGAAUGGAUGAAUGGUGAGACUGACCAGCCUUAUCAUCU